CGAACAGCAGGCUACACUCCCCAGCGCGCCAUCAUGAGGAACAGGGCCACCACGGGGCUGAAGAAGCCGAAAAUCCGGCAAUCAUGGAGCAAAUGGAACUUGUAUAACAUGCAGCGAUUCAGGAUGAAGCCCCCCCACGUACGAACCCAUUUCCAACAGAAAUGGGACGCCAAGUCCGUCGCUCGUAACUACCACGGCGAGCAGGUCUCCGAGAAGCAAUGGGCGCGCAUGUUCUCUCCCCGCAUCCGCAGCGUGGUGUCCAUGAACGCGCGGCAACUGGCCGAAGAUGACGGUUCUAAAAUGUCCGCUGGACGCGGUGCCGGUCUGCAUCAGACGGAGGAGGAAGCCUUUAAACAGGAUGAAAAGCCGAUCCCGUACGCACAAAUGACCUUCGCCCCCUUGGAGCGUCGACUCGAUACCGCCGUCUUCCGGGCCAUGUUCGCCAGCAGUGCCCGCCAGGCCCGUCAGUUUGUGAUUCAUGGCGCCGUGACCGUCAAUGGCAAGCAGAUGAAAUACCCUGGUUACCUGCUUAACCCCGGCGACCUGUUCCAGGUUGAGCCCGAUCGUGUCAUGUACGCCACCGGUGCCCCGAAAGACAGGAGUGACCGUCGAGAGAGCCGUCUAGCGAAGAAGGCGGAGGAGGAAGCCAAGGCACGGGAAGAGGCGGCCGCGGCGGAGGACAAGGAGCAGGAGCCCGCCGAGGCUCAGCCCGAGGAAGAACAGCCGAUGGACCCGCGCGACACAUUGAAGGCCCUGCUGUUCCAGGCCAAGGAGAUCCUGUCCACCGAUAAGAGCACACUUCCCGCCAAACGCAAGCAGCAGCUGCGUGGGUUCCAGAAGGCCAUCAAACGCGUCCUGUCCCGCUCCGAAUCGAGCACCAUCCUGACCGACAGUCUCGAGGCCCAGUUUUCCCAACUGACUCUUCUUCUCAAGGCCAAGAGAACAGAACAGCAAACGGACGAGAAGGCAGAGAAGGCAGAGAAGGCAGAGAAGGCAGAGAAGGCAGAGAAGGCAGAGAAGGCAGAGAAAGCAGAGGAGGCGGAGAAGGCAGUGGAGGCAAAGAAGGGAUCCGAGGAGUCCGAUGAGCUCAAGGUGCCCAGGCCUGCCGAGUCUGAGUCCAAGCCCUCUACCAGCGACAAACAAACUCUACGUGACAACCUGUCGGAAGCGUUCCUCCAGGCUUCCAAAAACCAGGAGGUGGAUAUGACCCAGCUGGACGAUGAAGAGUUGGAAGUCCUCAAGCGCGCACUGGUGCAGAUGCGCGAGAACCCGAUUGAUCACAGCAAGCCGUACGCCACGCCCUGGUUGCCGCGCGACUACAUGUCGGCCUUCGCCACGAUCCCCCGUUACUUGGAGGUCAACCACAACAUCUGCGCAGCCGUGUAUCUGCGACACCCGGUGGCUAGGCCCGGCUGGUCGGAGGUGCCCUCGCCCUUCUCCGAUCAUGUCGGCACGAUGGCCUUUACGUGGUACCUGAGACGGCGGUAGAGGCCUGAAUUUCUUGUAAUAAUCUGUCCCCCCCCCCCCUGUGAUUGACGGCUUUGAUUUCUUUUUCUUUCGAUGUUCUGCGGGCAUGUUCGCCAGUGUUGUGUUACUGGGUCUCUGGUAUGGUUGUUUGUUAGAUCUCCUGCAUGUAUCGAUCUCUCUCUGUGCCUGUUCCCUGGAGGGAAGGGCAAAAGUCAUAGUCAUGUUGCGACGGUGUUGGAGCUGGAUGAGCACAAUGUACAUCAUCAAUUGAAUA